AUGUCUGAGGGAAAGGGCCUGUACCCAACGCCGACACCUUCGGUUUUCCCCUUGGGAGACUAUCACCACCUCAUGCGUUUAAUCGAUGUGGCCGGAUACAAUCGCAAAAGAAGGGGGUUUAAGCUCGACGAAGAAGCCCGCAAAGACCUUCGCGAGAUCGACUACCACCUUUUCCAGGAGAAUCUCCCUGGGUAUCUCGACCGCUCGAAACGCUAUGACUGCAUGCCUGGCGACCCUCUCAACCGUCUCUUCGCCGCACUCCCCUCUCCUGAGCAAGAUGAUUGCGGUUUCACCCCUAGGCUGCCACAGGCGCACGCCGCCCACGACCGUCGGGUCGUACUGGCAAUUUGGCCCUAUGCCAACUCGUCUCUUGAGCGCGUAGUCCAGACCUCAUCUGACCCCAACGCCCAUGACUACUGGUGGCUCGCACGGUUUGCCUUUUCACUCUGGGAUCGCUCCGACCUGAGCAUCCGGUGCACUUUCACUCAGCUCCUGGGGCAACUCGCCACGUCAGGCGCCGUCACAGUUGGUCCAGACCCCAGUAUUGACUUUUCCGAAUACUAUCGCGUUCCGGGCUCUUAUCCUACCUCGACCUCGGACGCCUCGACCAAGUCAUACAACAAGCAAGCUUGGCUACGAUAUGCUCGGUGGAUCUACAAAGGAAGACGUGAUAAAGAUGCUGACAUCCCCUCACGAAAGGCUGCCGCCAAGUCGAAUUCAAUACGUCAGGCACUCGAACUCGACAAAUGUAGUCACUGCGGCAAGGGCCGCGGCGAGCCUCCUAACAACAAGAUGUCCCACUGCUCAGGCUGCUACGUCAAGUGGUUCCCUUACAUAAAACGUAUUUACUGCUCCAAGGAAUGUCAAGCCGCUGACUGGCCGGAGAACCAUUAUCAAGACUGCCAGCGGCGUAAACAUUUCCUUCGAGCAGUGUACAUGCUUUUCACCAUAGUGGCAAAGUAUCAGAUUGCGACAUACUCGAGCUUUGUCUCGGAUGUUGCCACAGAGUCGGAAAGCGAAGAAGGUCCUGCUGACGACCCCGUUCGCACUUACAUCUCACCUGCUGCCUGGGGUAUGGGCCCCUGGGUUGGCCGACCAGUGUUUGAUGAGCGUGGCACUUUUCUUAUGAAGCACAAGGCCGGUAUGGUCCGAAGGCUCCUGGCCGGUGAUUCGGGCGACAAUCUAUACUACCACCUUCAACACAUAAUUGAGUUGGUACUUGGGCCCCAUUGCGAUGCUCUUGUUGAGAUGGACGUCUUCAUUCGGAAUGCCGGAGAUUGGAUUACCUCAACCUCGAGCGAUGCGUGCCGCGAGACCGAUGACCUUCAAGUGUCAAAGGGAAAGGACCCCAUGUUUUGGCCGCAACCCAUCCUCAGCUGUCGACUCAAAGGCAGUAACCCGAAACGAGAUGUUUUCGUCAUUGAUCUUGCCUGCCUCAGGUUCGGUUUCGAGCACUUGGUUCUCCCCUUCGACGUGUUUGUAAAGACGCGACACGCCUCGUGUGUUGGCUCAAGACAGCUUCAUGACAUGGCACCUCACUGGUCGCCUAGGGCUCAGAAGGGCCUCAUUACCUGUCGCGAUCUCGUUGCGUACCGUUGGGGCGAAUACAUAAAGGAGUAUUUUGCGGAACAUUUCCCAAAGUACAAGAUCCCCGGCCAACUGGCGAAGCUAAAGAACGAUUCCUUUGAAAAGCACGCUGGAGAAUUCAUGUCAAUGACGAGUAAGGCUCUGGGCGAGGCCUUGGCGGCGAUCCAAGGCCUAGGCGUCCACCGGCAAUACCUCUAUCAUGAGCCGAACCCAUACGCACACGAAUUCACCAUCGGUGUCACGGACGACAAGGAGGAAGUUAAGCUUUAUGAAAACAUAUGGAUGACUGAGAGUGAGCACAGCGUCAUCAUGGGCAAGAUCAGCGAACAAAACAAGAAGUUGCCUGUGGGUUCAGAAACACGUCGCCUCGUGGGUCUCUGGAUCAACCGCCUCAUGAAGCAUGGCCUCAAGCACCCUUUCGACGCCCCUAGGUUUCUUGGGCCGCGCCUCGCGAAGCAUUACAACAUUAUGGGAAGCUUCCCCUGGGAAGAAUGCCGUGCUAUCGAGACAUCCUGGAUGCAGUGGAAUGGCAUUACAAAAGAGGAUGUUAUGCGGUUCUACAGCAUCUGCGAUCGGGUCAUGGGCAGAAUUACAAAGAAGGGACCAGUGACUCCGGAACUGCUUAGCAAUCUGAUAAAAUCAAAGGGCGGUUUCGACUGGACGAAGAACUUGACAGCGGAGGAGGGACAGAUAUUUCUGACGAUCGGAACAUUCAUCGCGGCCCAGAACUCGCCUGGGUACAUGAAGGAAUUAAUGCCGCCCAGGUUACCACAACAGGCCGCGCGCGCCCUGCGCAGGCUGGCGACCCCAUCGACCCCGAUCACACGAUAUCUCAGCACGUCGACGCCUUACCUCGCGGCACCCUCUGCUGCUCCCGCGGGUAGCUCUCUCUCUCGCAUGCCGGCCGAUUACGUCCCCGUAACGAAGCCCCCUUCCGCUCGCCCCCCUGAGACGCGCAAGUCGCAGCUUAUCCGAACCUACACCUCCCUCCUGCGAACGACGCCCCUGGUCCUGUUCUUCCAACACAGCAACUUGACCGCAGACGAGUGGUCCGCCGUCCGCCGUGAGCUGAAUACCGCUCUCGAAGCCGCCACCCCCGAGGGCUCGCCUCUGUCGGGCCGCGAGGUUCACCUUCAGGUCCUGCGCACGCGAAUGUUCAACGUCGCUCUAAAGCUGGCCGAGUUCUACAACCCCGAGGUCGCCAAGGCGAACCCCAACACGCCCACGGGCCCCAAGGGACCCCUUGUGCACGAUCUGAGUAUGGCGGCCUACGAGGCCAUGAAGAACCUCGAGGUACCCGAGGACUCCGCCUACGCCCAGAUCUCGCCGUUGCUGUGCGGACCUACUGCCGCGCUCGUAUUCCCCGCCGUCUCUCCCGCGCACCUGGCUGCCGCGCUGAAGGUUCUAUCCCCGAGCGGGCCCAAGUUCCCUGCGCCGACAAGAAAGAAGAAUCCGAGCUACUACGACCCCCUGUGCCAGGCCGGUCUGCAAAAGCUGCUGCUCGUCGGUGGGCGCAUCGAGGGCGACGUGUUCGACGUUGAGGGCGUCAAGUGGGUUGGUGGUAUCGAGGGUGGUAUUGACGGCCUCAGGGCGCAGCUCGUGCACCUGCUCCAGAACGCCGGUCUGGGUCUUACCAGUGCUUUGGAGGCUGGCAGCAAGAGCUUGUGGCUGACGCUGGAGGGACGGAAAACUAUGUUGGAGGAUGAGGGCAAGGAGGGUGAGGGAGAGAAGAAGAGCGAGUAA